AUAAAUAAGCUUUAAGCUGAAGCUAAGAAUAUACAAUAUUCAUCAUCUGAUCUAAUAUUAAAGAAGAGCUUAUUUUGAGUUGAUCAGAUUAAUUGGGAAGAUGAAAGAGAAAUACUCAUGCACCAUUCUCCAAAGCGAAGCCCUCACUCAGUAUCUUCUGGAAACAAGUGCGUAUCCAAGAGAGCAUGAACAGCUGAAAGAACUGAGGAAGGCUAGUGUUGAGAAAUACCAACACUGGAGCGCCAUGAAUGUCCCAGCCGACGAAGCCCAGCUUCUGUCCAUGAUAUUGAAACUCAUGAACGCCAAGAAAACAAUUGAAGUUGGAGUGUUUACCGGCUACUCACUUCUUGCCACCGCCCUUGCUCUCCCUAAUGAUGGCAAAGUAAUCGCAAUUGAUCCAGACAGAGAAGCGUACGAAACUGGGCUGCCAUACAUUGAAAAAGCAGGCGUGGCACAUAAAAUCCAGUUCAUUGGUUCGGAUGCUAUGACGGCUAUGAAGGAGUUUCUUGAAAACGGAGAGGAAGGAACAUUCGAUUUUGCAUUUGUGGAUGCUGAUAAGGAGAACUACAUCAACUACCAUGAAUUGUUGUUGAAGCUGGUUAAGGUCGGAGGAAUCAUAGCCUACGACAACACCCUCUGGUCCGGUACGGUGGCAUUGGAUGAUGAGAACUUGAGCCAGGAGUGGCAGGACCGAAUAGGGGUAAAUCGGAUAUUUCUCAGGAAUUUGAAUACAUUUUUGGCCGCCGAUUCUCGCAUUGAACUGGCUCAUCUCUCCGUCGGAGAUGGACUCUCACUCUGCAGGCGCCUCAAAUAGAAUCACAGCCGUUGAAUAUUUUUUAACUCUAAAAUAUGUUGCUAAAUAAGUGCGCUUUAUGGGCACUAGUUAUGGUCUUUUUCUUUUUUUUUUUUUUUUCUGCCACAUAUUAUUGUAAGUUCAGGAUUUAUGCUCGUAUGUUGUACGACUGUUUUAAUUCUGCGGGUUAAUUUCGAUCGAUUUAUCUUGUAA